AUGCUUCUAAAAACCUCGAAAGAUCAUUGUCGGCAAUUUCGUGCCAUGUCACAAACAGCAAUUGGUUGCAAAUAUUAUGAGUUGAAAAGAGAUAUAGAACAGGCAAAACCAAGUAUAGUAACAUUACAUGCAACAAUAAACAGUGAAAAACAAAAUUCAAUGCCAAUAAAUACAUUAUUUUCCAUGAAAAAGUUUGCAUUAGUAAAAUCUACGAUUAUCAAUGAGAACAUACAAGCAGCUGAUGUUGAUAAUCAGAUUAAGCUCCCCCUCUCCCGCCAUCAGAAUCGACUUGCCACUUUGGAGUAUAAGUUUGGACUGAAACUUUCAGAAGUUAAUGGUCCUAGUGAGAAACGCUUGCGGUAA